AUUAUGUUGAAGACAUUUGGACUAAGGUUUUUCGUCGGUCCUCCUAUCUUGACCCGCAACAUAUAUUUGUCAAUCUCCGUUUCAUAUUUUUUUGCUCAUUGCAGGCGCAAAUUUCUCAGUUUCCUCGAAUUUCUCAAGAUAGGGGAUUCAAUCAUUGCUUGAUUCUGGAGGGAUAUUAGGGUUGAUAAGAUAUUGAGGAAAGACAAAAAAAGAUGGGUAAUUUCAAGCAGGCGCUAAGAAACAUCGAUGCGUUCCCGAGAGCUGAAGACCAUCUGCUGCAAAAGACAAAAUCCGGGGCCUUUGUCUCUAUUGUUGGGCUGGUAAUCAUGGCAACUUUGUUCGUGCAUGAAUUGACUUAUUAUCUCUCAACAUAUACCGUACACCAGAUGUCAGUAGACUUAAAACGUGGAGAAACACUUCCGAUCCAUAUAAAUAUGACAUUCCCAUCUUUGCCAUGCGAUGUGCUUAGUGUAGAUGCAAUCGAUAUGUCAGGGAAGCAUGAAGUUGAUCUUGACACAAAUAUAUGGAAGCUUCGCUUGAAUCAUGAUGGCGUGAUUAUUGGCACAGAGUAUUUAAACGACCUUGUUGAGAAGGGGCAUGUUGCUCAUGGCCAUGAUGACCACAAGGAUCACCAUGAGGAGUCUGACCAUAAAGUCAAACUCCACAAUCUUGAUGAAGAAGCUGAAGAUAUGAUUAAGAAGGUGAAGCAUGCAUUGGCUAAUGCGGAAGGUUGCCGGGUGUACGGUGUUCUAGAUGUGCAACGAGUUGCUGGGAACUUCCAUAUCUCAGUCCAUGGAUUGAACAUUUUUGUUGCACAGAUGAUUUUUGAAGGUUCUUCUCAUGUCAAUGUGAGUCAUAUAAUUCAUGACUUGUCCUUUGGGCCCAAAUAUCCUGGUAUAGAGAAUCCACUUGAUGGCACGUCCAGAAUUUUGCGUGGAGCAAGCGGAACAUUCAAGUAUUACAUAAAGAUUGUCCCGACUGAAUACAAGUAUAUUUCAAAGGAAGUCUUACCCACAAAUCAAUUCUCUGUCACCGAGUACUUUUCUCCAAUUAAUGAGCAUGAUAGGGCAUGGCCUGCCGUUUACUUCCUAUAUGACUUGUCACCAAUUACGGUGACCAUUAGGGAAGAACGACGUAGUUUUCUCCACUUCAUUACACGUCUUUGUGCAGUACUGGGUGGUACAUUUGCCUUAACAGGUCGGUUCCACUUGUUUCCCCUGGUUGUUUUCUUUAGCAGUGCAUGUACAUGUAUGUCUAGUAACUUAAUUUGGUGGUUAUGUGAUUGUAUGUAAAUUGUGGCAUUACUUUAAUUUUUUUGAGACUGCAUCUCUAUUUCAUGCUAGUACUCUUGGAAUCAAUGUUAAUUACUUGCUGUAGUCUAAAAAAGGACUUCUGAUUUUGAAGUAAACUCAUUUCCUGGGUUAAAUAAGAUAUUUAUCUGAAUAAAAUGUUGACUCCAUCCCAGCCGACUUGGCCUAUUUCUUUUCGGCGUGAUUAUUUAGGAGAGUGAGAUUGUAGUGUAAAUGUGUGUGGACCCAUAUUUAAUGUAAUGUAAAGUGAUUACUCAAAAAGAAAACAUGCCAAGUCAAGUGGGACAGCCCGAAAAAGAAUACUGGCCAAGUCAAAUGGGAUGGAGGGAGGAGUAGUAUUUAUCAAUUAUCAGAUAGCUGUCAUAGUAUUUGAGUUGAAAUUUGUCUAGAUGUUAUUUUGGUGACCUGCUGUAAUUUUAGAAUUGGAAAUUACCUUUGAAAUAACCGUUUUCAGGGGUGGGGCCAAAUAAGAGUAAGGGGGGCUUAAGCCCCACCAAUUAUUUUUUACUUUUUCAUUCUUAUAAGAUCGUCAAAUCAUCUGCAAAUUUGUGCGGGUUGUUGUGGAAAAGCUCGCACCUCCAAAUUGAAUAGCAGGAAAAUUUGCUUAUCGAAAUCUUGAACUCGAAAGUUAGAAAAUUCAGCCCCCACCAAAGAUUUUUCCUUCCUACAGCCUGGCUGUUUUGGUAGCAAAUUAGGAUACAAUUUACUUUCCAUUGGAAUGUGUAAGUUUAGAGCUGAUGUUGCAGGAAUGCUAGAUCGAUGGAUGUACAGGGUGGUCGAAGCUUUGACAAAACCAAAUUCUAGAAGUAUUGUACGAUGAUUUCAAGUUGACAACUACAUAUGCGCAAGGGCUUUCAUAAUGCAGCCGGUAUGCUUCUCAAUGAUCAGCACAUAUAUCGAGAGUUCCUAAUUCACUAAUUUACACACCAUGGUGUCUCAGCUGCUCCCUCUUUGCCUAAAAGUUUUGAUAUUGUUGUUGUAUCUCUCCUGGAAAUGUUUCUAGUUUAUUUAUGCUUUUAUCUUGCAAAUAUUUAGUGUUGAAGAAGCUAAAUUGUAGUUUUUGACAUUUCCUUUUUAAAGAAAAAUCAUUUGUGGUUAGGGUAAAA